AUGCGGACGAGGAGACAGGAGCUGGAGCGCGAGGCGGGGCGGAGGUACGAGGCGCGGUGGGUCGAACUCUUGAGCUCUGAAGAGACGCUCGGGUUCCGCGACGUCCCGUGGCCGAUGUUCUCCCAGCCAAGAUCGCUGGAGGAGCUCUCGGAGGCGAAGGUGGCGAAGUUCGUGCUGUCGCCUUUGCAUGCAGGGGAGACGAGGAGAGACAAGAUCCGGAACGCGCUCAAGCGAUGGCACCCGGAUCGCUUUGGGCGGUUAUCGGGGAGAGUCAAGGAGGAGGAGAAGGAGGCGAUAGAGGACGGCGUCGGCAUCGUCGCGCGAUGUUUGAACGACCUGCUCGAGCGCGAGAGUCAGUAG